UGGUGGAUUUUGUGUGAUGUGCUCCCUAGCCCAGCUGAGGUGCCAGCCACACAGCUGAGUUUCAGUAUUCAACGAACUCUUGGCCGCUGCGGACGUUUGUGCUCCCCUUGCUGCCUUAGCAAACUGUGCUAUAUAGAAUUCCCCGGAAAAGAUGAGCAAACAUUGAAAAUUGCACACGUGUAUUUCGCAGCAGUCAGCCAAUGUGGCGUGUGAUAAUAGAAAUCUAUUCGAAAAUAAUGCAAAAUUAAGGCGCCUCAAGCAAUCGAGCUAGCGAGCGACCCCCUUCAGUGCUUUACAUAGUUUGUUUAAUUAAUUUCACAAUACAAUCCGCCAGUCAACGAAUUUGUUUAUAACAAUAGCAAUACUUGGCAAUCAAUAUGAGUGUUCCAAGCGUGCCCCAACAGCGGGCAUCAUCAACAACUACCACUCGAACAACAUCUAAAAAAGCCCAGCAUAGCUGGAGACUGAGACUAUAUCUAGGGCCUAGGGUACUAGCCCCUCACAGCGCCCUCCUAUUGUUGUUGAUUAGUCUGGGCCUCAGCCUCGGAUUUGUGCAUUGUUAUGAGAAAAUGUAUAGUCAGACUGAAAAGCAGCGUUACGAUGGCUGGUAUAAUAAUCUGGCCCAUCCCGACUGGGGCUCUGUAGACAGCCAUCUGGUGCGCAAGGCACCGCCCUCAUACUCAGAUGGAGUAUACGCCAUGGCAGGGGCCAAUCGACCCUCGACGAGGCGACUGAGUCGGUUGUUCAUGCGCGGACGCGAUGGAUUGGGUUCGAAAUUCAAUCGAACCGCUUUGCUGGCCUUCUUCGGCCAGGUGGUGGCCAAUGAGAUUGUGAUGGCAUCGGAAUCGGGCUGCCCCAUUGAAAUGCAUCGCAUUGAGAUUGAGAAGUGCGAUGAGAUGUACGAUCGCGAGUGUCGCGGUGACAAAUAUAUACCCUUCCAUAGGGCUGCCUACGAUCGGACCACGGGUCAAAGUCCGAAUGCGCCAAGGGAACAGAUAAAUCAAAUGACUGCUUGGAUUGAUGGCAGUUUCAUUUACAGCACCUCUGAGGCGUGGCUCAAUGCCAUGCGCUCCUUCCACAACGGCACCCUGCUCACCCAGAAGGAUGGCAAGCUUCCGGUGCGCAACACUAUGCGGGUGCCGCUCUUCAACAAUCCGGUGCCGAACGUGAUGAAGAUGCUCAGUCCCGAGCGGUUAUUCCUGCUGGGAGAUCCGCGUACCAAUCAAAAUCCCGCCCUCCUCUCGUUUGCCAUACUCUUUCUGCGCUGGCACAACACUUUGGCGCAGCGCAUCAAGCGCUUGAAUCCCACCUGGUGUGAUGAGGACAUCUUCCAGCGUGCUCGCCACACUGUGAUUGCCAGUCUACAGAACGUCAUUGUCUACGAGUACCUGCCGGCAUUUCUGGGUUCACCCAUGCCACCCUAUGAGGGUUAUAAACAGGACAUACAUCCGGGCAUUGGUCACAUAUUCCAAGCAGCCGCUUUUCGCUUUGGUCACACCAUGAUUCCACCCGGAAUCUAUCGACGCGAUGGCGAAUGCAAUUUCAAGCAGACACCAAUGGGAUAUCCCGCAAUUCGCCUGUGCUCUACGUGGUGGGACUCCAGCGGUUUCUUCACCGACACCAGCGUGGAGGAGGUUCUGAUGGGUCUAUCUUCGCAGAUUUCAGAACGAGAGGAUCCUGUUCUAUGCUCCGAUGUGCGUGACAAACUUUUUGGACCCAUGGAGUUUACGCGUCGCGAUUUGGGUGCACUAAACAUAAUGAGGGGUCGUGACAACGGUCUGCCCGAUUAUAAUACCGCCCGAGAAGCUUAUGGUCUGCAGAGACACGCCACUUGGACGGACAUCAAUCCGCAGCUAUUUGAAGCACAGCCAGGGCUAUUAGAUAUGUUGAAAGAAGCCUACAGCAAUCAGUUGGACGACGUGGACGUUUACGUCGGCGGCAUGCUGGAAUCCUAUGGUCGUCCUGGAGAGCUUUUCACCAAUGUUAUCAAGGAGCAGUUCACGCGGUUGCGAGACGCCGAUCGCUUUUGGUUUGAGAACGAGCGUAAUGGCAUUUUUACGCCCGAGGAAAUUGCGGAGUUACGCAAGAUUACGCUGUGGGACAUCAUUGUAAAUAGCACAGACAUUGACGAGGAUGAGAUUCAACGCGAUGUCUUCAUGUGGCAUGCAGGAGAUCCUUGUCCGCAGCCAAUGCAGCUGAAUGCUACAGAGCUUGAACCCUGCAACUAUUUGGAGGGAUACGAUUACUUCUCCGGCUCGGAACUCAUGUUCAUCUAUGUGUGCGUCUUUCUGGGAUUCGUACCCAUUCUGUGUGCUGGCGCCGGUUACUGUGUGGUUAAGUUACAGAAUAGCAAGCGUCGAAGGCUGAAGAUACGCCAAGAGGCAUUGCGAGCACCUCAGCAAAAGGGUUCCGUGGACAAGAUGUUGGCACGUGAGUGGUUGCAUGCCAACCACAAGCGUCUGGUCACUGUCAAGUUCGGUCCUGAGGCUGCCAUUUAUACAGUAGAUCGCAAGGGCGAAAAGCUGCGCACUUUUAGUCUGCAGCACGUGGACAUGGUCAGUGUGGAGGAGUCCGCCACCAAUCACAUCAAGAAGAAGCCCUACAUACUGUUGCGUGUGCCCAGCGAUCAUGAUCUGGUGCUGGAGCUGGAGUCCUACGGAGCGCGGCGAAAGUUCGUCAAGAAGUUGGAGGACUUUCUGCUGCUGCACAAAAAGGAACUCACGCUCAUGGAGGUUAAUCGUGACAUUAUGUUGGCCAGAGCAGAGACACGAGAGCGCCGCCAGAAGCGGCUGGAAUACUUCUUCCGGGAGGCCUACGCCUUGACGUUUGGACUACGACCUGGCGAGCGAAGACGUCGCUCUGAUGCCUCCAGCGAUGGCGAAGUAAUGACCGUGAUGAGGACCAGCCUGUCGAAGGCAGAAUUUGCCGCCGCACUGGGCAUGAAACCAAACGAUAUGUUUGUGCGCAAGAUGUUCAACAUUGUGGACAAGGAUCAGGAUGGUCGCAUUAGUUUCCAGGAGUUCCUCGAGACGGUUGUGCUCUUCUCACGCGGCAAAACCGACGACAAGCUUCGCAUUAUCUUCGACAUGUGCGAUAAUGAUCGAAACGGCGUCAUCGACAAGGGAGAACUAAGUGAGAUGAUGCGUUCACUGGUGGAGAUUGCACGCACCACAAGCCUGGGCGAUGAUCAGGUCACUGAACUGAUUGAUGGCAUGUUCCAGGACGUUGGCCUUGAGCAUAAGAAUCACUUAACCUAUCAGGACUUUAAGCUGAUGAUGAAGGAAUACAAGGGAGACUUUGUGGCCAUUGGCCUCGAUUGCAAGGGUGCCAAGCAAAAUUUCCUGGACACUUCCACGAAUGUCGCCCGCAUGACCUCGUUCAACAUUGAACCCAUGCAGGACAAGCCACGACAUUGGCUGCUCGCCAAGUGGGAUGCCUACAUAACAUUCCUGGAGGAGAACCGUCAAAAUAUCUUCUAUCUAUUCCUGUUCUAUGUGGUCACAAUUGUGCUCUUCGUGGAGCGCUUUAUUCACUACUCAUUCAUGGCAGAGCACACGGAUCUGAGGCACAUCAUGGGCGUGGGCAUUGCAAUCACGCGAGGAUCAGCUGCCUCGCUAUCCUUCUGCUACUCCCUGCUGCUGCUGACUAUGUCCCGCAAUCUCAUCACGAAACUCAAGGAAUUCCCCAUACAGCAAUACAUUCCCCUGGACUCGCACAUCCAGUUUCACAAGAUUGCAGCCUGCACAGCGUUAUUCUUCUCGGUUCUUCACACAGUCGGACACAUUGUGAACUUCUACCACGUGUCAACGCAGUCACAUGAGAAUCUCCGUUGUCUCACGAGGGAAGUGCACUUUGCCUCCGACUACAAGCCGGACAUCACGUUCUGGCUCUUCCAGACGGUGACUGGCACAACGGGAGUGCUGCUCUUCAUCAUCAUGUGCAUCAUUUUCGUGUUUGCCCAUCCCACCAUACGCAAGCGUGCGUACAAUUUCUUCUGGAACAUGCACACGCUCUACAUUGGCCUCUAUCUACUGAGUCUAAUCCAUGGACUGGCGCGUCUGACGGGGCCGCCUCGCUUCUGGAUGUUCUUCCUGGGACCUGGUAUUGUCUACACGCUCGAUAAAAUUGUCUCGCUGCGCACCAAGUACAUGGCAUUGGAUGUCAUCGAGACGGACUUGUUACCCUCGGAUGUAAUCAAAAUCAAGUUCUACAGGCCUCCAAAUCUAAAGUAUUUGUCCGGUCAAUGGGUGCGUCUCUCCUGCACUGCCUUCCGACCCCAUGAGAUGCAUAGCUUUACUCUGACCUCAGCACCACAUGAAAACUUCCUCAGCUGUCACAUUAAGGCGCAGGGUCCCUGGACCUGGAAGCUGCGGAAUUAUUUCGAUCCGUGCAACUACAAUCCUGAGGAUCAGCCAAAGAUACGCAUCGAAGGUCCGUUUGGCGGCGGUAAUCAGGAUUGGUAUAAGUUUGAGGUGGCCGUCAUGGUGGGCGGUGGCAUCGGUGUCACGCCCUACGCCUCCAUACUGAACGAUCUGGUGUUUGGCACCAGCACCAAUCGCUACUCGGGCGUGGCCUGCAAGAAGGUCUACUUCCUGUGGAUCUGUCCAUCUCACAAGCACUUUGAGUGGUUUAUUGAUGUGUUGCGCGAUGUGGAGAAGAAGGAUGUGACGAAUGUCCUUGAGAUCCACAUCUUUAUAACACAGUUCUUCCACAAAUUCGAUCUAAGAACAACGAUGCUGUACAUUUGCGAGAACCAUUUCCAGCGCCUCUCCAAGACCUCGAUAUUCACAGGUCUGAAGGCAGUGAAUCAUUUCGGACGUCCCGACAUGUCCAGCUUCCUUAAGUUUGUGCAAAAGAAGCACUCCUAUGUUUCUAAAAUAGGUGUCUUCUCGUGCGGUCCGAGGCCGCUGACAAAGAGCGUCAUGUCCGCCUGUGAUGAAGUGAAUAAAACACGCAAGUUGCCUUACUUUAUACAUCACUUUGAGAACUUUGGUUAAGCUUUUUGCUCUACCGAAUAACUCUACAAUUCUCUGCCAGCAACUACAACAACAAUCACAAGAAUCUACGAUAAUACAAAAGAUAAAUCUACGAAAUAUUUAUGUAUUAAGUUUCAUUCAUUCUCAGCAUUUAAGCGAAUUUCGAAGCACACUUUCUUCCUGUACUUUUCGUACUUCUCUAUUUAACCACAACUAUCUCUCACCUACACAUACACACACACUCACAAAAACACACACAUCUCUACUGUACUUAAAUGUAUGUGUAAAUUUGUCAUGCGCCUGCGUUCAUAAUUUAGUCAAGUUCUAUUUAGUGCAUUAUGAAAAUUUUCAUUGAUAUUUAGCGACAAACAACAAAGCGGCCUCUACUCAAUUUAUGCUCAUAUGCUCGUAUGUGUAUAUGUUUAUAUAUGUAUGUAUGUUUGUGUAUAUGUGUAUUUAUUAAAAAUAUGAUUUGUUAUGAGUUUUUGUAAACCGUUUGCAUUAUUUAUUAAAAUUUACAAUAUAAUUGAAACAACGCACCA